UGACCAAAAUGCAAAUGCAUCCUCCUCUUUUCUAGGUAGCUAGUGCCUCUUUCUGUCUUUCUUUCUUUCAGAGCGAGAGAGAGAGAGCGAGAGAGCAAACCUAAAUUCAUUCAUUCAUACAUCUCAUCUCAUCAAUUUCUAUGGCAACCAACAAAAAAUUAGGAAACAAGAGCAAUAAUAGCCAAAGCCAAAGCCCUCUUCUGGGUCGGUACGAGAUCGGCAAACUUCUUGGACAUGGUACUUUUGCUAAGGUAUACCUUGCUAGAAACAUUAAAACCAACGAAAGUGUUGCCAUCAAAGUCAUUGACAAAGAAAAAGUCCUCAAGGGUGGUCUAAUUGCUCAUAUCAAACGUGAAAUCUCCAUUCUUCGCCUUGUUCGCCACCCCUAUAUUGUCCAGCUUUUUGAAGUCAUGGCUACGAAAGCCAAGAUUUACUUUGUCAUGGAAUAUGUUCGUGGUGGUGAGUUGUUCAAUAAGGUUGCUAAAGGCAGGUUAAAAGAAGAGGUUGCCAGGAAGUAUUUCCAGCAAUUGAUUUCAGCCGUUUCCUUUUGUCACGCCAGAGGUGUUUUUCAUCGCGAUUUGAAGCCGGAGAACUUGUUGCUUGAUGAGAAUGGUAACUUGAAAGUCUCCGAUUUUGGAUUGAGCGCAGUGUCUGAUCAGAUUAGACAAGAUGGUUUGUUCCAUACUUUUUGUGGGACACCGGCUUAUGUUGCUCCUGAAGUUCUUGCAAGAAAAGGGUACGAUGCUGCUAAGGUUGAUAUCUGGUCUUGUGGGAUUGUUCUGUUUGUGUUAAUGGCUGGUUACUUACCAUUUCAUGAUCAAAAUGUCAUGGUUAUGUAUAAAAAGAUUUACAAGGGGGAGUUUAGAUGUCCUAGGUGGUUCUCUUCUGAGCUAGUCAGGCUUCUUCAUAAACUUCUGGAUACUAACCCUGUUACAAGAAUUACAAUCCCUGAGAUUAUGGAGAACAGGUGGUUCAAAAAGGGGUUUAAGAAUAUUAAAUUUUAUAUCGAAGAUGAUAAAGUUUGUAGCGUUGAAGAGGAGGAAGAUGUGGGUUCAUCUUCUGAUCAAUCAUUAUCUGAAUCGGAAUCGGAAUUCGAAACUAGAAGAAGGGUUACCUCUUUGCCUAGACCUGCAAGUUUGAAUGCUUUUGACAUUAUAUCGUUUUCGCCUGGAUUUGAUUUAUCUGGGUUGUUCGAGGAAGGUGGAGAGGGAGCAAGGUUUGUUUCGGGGGCCCCUGUGUCGAAGAUUAUAUCUAAACUGGAGGAGAUUGCGAAAGUUGUUAGCUUUACAGUGAGGAAAAAGGACUGUAGAGUGAGUUUGGAAGGGUCUAGAGAAGGUGUGAGAGGUCCAUUAACAAUUGCAGCUGAGAUAUUUGAGUUGACACCGAAAUUGGUUGUGGUGGAGGUUAAAAAGAAAGGAGGGGAUAGAGGAGAGUACGAGGAGUUUUGUAAUAAGGAAUUGAAACCUGGAUUGCAGAAGUUGAUGCAGGAGGAAUCCGAGGCUGCUGCUGCUCCUAAAGUUAUUACUACUGUUCCUGUGCCAUCGGGAUCUCCACAAUUCACCAUCGAUCCUUUUCCUACUGAUUCUUCACAAUUACCCGUUGAUCCUUUUCCUACCGAUUCCACACAAUUACCUAUUAGUCCUUUUCCUACCGAUUCUACACAAUUACCUAUUGAUCCUUUUCCUAUCCUUUCUUCACAUUUACCUUCGGAUUCCGAAUAGAGAAAAAGAGAGAAAGGAGAAGGGUAUGCUUUACUCUUUCCGUUUGUUUAAAUAAGUUUUUGCAUGCUAUAUUUUGUUUUUUGGGGCCUUUAAAUUUCUUUGAUGUUCUGCUGUGUCAUUUAGGAGAUUAGAUGCUAAAACACAUGUUGUAUGUUCUUUUCUUCUGCCGAGAAAAAAAGUAGAUUAAUUGAAGAGAAUGACAUACUUAUUUCUGCUGGUCUUGGCAAUUUA